AUGACCGCGCCACGCCUAAACGGCACCAAUGGGGUGCAGUCUCCUAAUAAUAAGACCACGAAGCCUAGGUUCUUCGAGGAUUAUGGAAUUUGGAAGCAGGCUCCUGUAUUGACCGGGUCCACAAAGUUUGAGACCUUACCGGAUGUCAAGAAUAUUAUGAUCACUGGCGGUGCCGGCUUUAUAGCUUGUUGGUUCGUCCGUCAUCUCACCUUGACCUACCCCGAAGCCUACAAUAUUGUGUCCUUUGAUAAACUAGAUUAUUGUUCAUCGUUGAACAACACCCGUAUGCUUAAUGAUAAGCGAAACUUUACGUUCUACCAUGGAGAUAUCACCAACCCUUCCGAAGUGCUCGAUUGUAUGGAGCGCUUCAACAUCGACACUAUAUUCCAUUUUGCAGCUCAGUCACACGUCGACUUGAGCUUCGGGAACUCAUAUGGAUUUACUCACACGAACGUGUACGGUACUCAUGUUAUGCUGGAGAGCGCGAAGAAGGUUGGAGUGAAGAGAUUUAUUCACAUAUCUACUGAUGAAGUAUAUGGCGAGGUAAAAGAUGACGAUGAUGACCUAACGGAAGCGAGUAUUCUAUCUCCAACUAAUCCUUACGCCGCGAGCAAAGCCGCCGCCGAAAUGCUUGUAAACUCUUAUAUGAAGAGUUUCAAACUUCCGGUCAUUAUUGUCAGAAGCAAUAACGUCUACGGCCCACAUCAAUUCCCCGAAAGUAAGAAACAGAUUCAGACAAUACGCGAGAACACACGCAUAACUUACUACGAAACAGAAAUAAUUCCUAAAUUCAUCUGCUUGUUGAAUCGACAGAGGCCGACAGUGCUCCACGGCGAUGGGAGCCCUACCCGAAGAUAUUUAUAUGCUGGCGAUGCGGCUGAUGCGUUUGAUACGAUCCUACAUAAAGGCACUCUCGGCCAGGUCUAUAAUGUAGGAUCACACGACGAGAUUUCUAACAUUGAGCUCUGUAAAAUGGUGUUGAAAGAGAUGGGCAUCCCUCAUGAGAGUCAAGAAGACUUCAACAAGUGGGUUAAAUAUACGCAUGAUAGACCAUUCAACGAUCAUAGAUACGCCAUCGACGCUACUAAACUUCGACAUCUCGGUUGGGAUCAGAAGACUUCUUUCGCCGAUGGGUUAAAGACCACUGUUGACUGGUAUAAACAGUUCGGCGAAGAAUGGUGGGGUGACAUUAGCAAAGUUCUCAGCCCUUUUCCGAUUGUCGUUGAAGCUGAAGUGGUAUCCGACAAAGAAGAGAUUUGUGACGAGCCUCAGUUACCAAAGAAACGGAAGUUGCCUGGAUAA